GUGAGGUUGCGGUGUCAAAGUCAAUCAUCUACGAGCAUCACUCCAGCUGCGUAUCAAGCGCUGAAGCUCUGCGGUUUGCAGCUGAUCUUUCAUCUGGUUCGUCAGAGGCUUUUCUCUUGACAAGCCGAGCAGGAAGAAAUGUCGGAAGAAGGAAACGAUAAUGGGAGUUGAGUUGAUCAGCACCGCAUCGCGAGGGAAACGUCUCGCCGGUUGAGUUGAUCUCGCCGGCAAUCAUGGGCGUUUCUCAACAAUCCUUCCUUCCAAGAAAAACAGCAAGCCAGAACGACUUUCGUGUGUUGAGAUGCGGCACAGGGUCUACUUGACAGUUUGCGACAUGCCGUAUAGGAGGAGAGUAUGACAGACAGAGCAGAUAGUCGUGAAACCCUCGUGAAACACUCAUAUCCGAUGAUUGGUUGGCAAUCAGGAAUGGCACUGCCGCUUCUUCCUGUGACACCACCGAAGAGCUCUAUACCAAUAACUCAGGGAGAAAUCUGUGCAAAAAGAAGGUCCCGUGACUUGUCUGCUUGCAAAAAGCGCAAAACGAGUUCACAGGGCUCGGGGGGAGAGGACUGCUACGUCUCGAACCUGCGAGAAGUUAGUCAAGAGUUCCAGAGGGGAGACGCUCUACCAGUGGGCCACAAGGGCCUACCUGGCCACCAGAAGCACGGUCCCGGAAAGGUCCCCGGUGGUAAGGAAGAAAGAAUGAUUUUUCUUGAUCAAAUGGUCAAAGAUCCUUGGCGAGUCCAGAGCGCAGUCAAGUACACCAGUAUUGCUCGAGUUCAGAGGAGCGGUUUGUUGACUCGCGUGAGCGAAGUUCGAGGGUUGGCAACGUUGAGACUACCAGGUAAGGAGCAGAGACAUACGUGCUUGAUGGACGUGACUCAGUGUAUCAAACGAUGCACUUUGACCAUUGUUGCCGAGAAACUUGUUGUCGACGGGUUGUCAAUCGCCAGGACUAUUUUCGGAAGCGAAGGCUUGAAGGAAAUCUGGCAGCAUGAUCAAUCCAGAGACGAGAGAUCUUUCGAAAAUCUUCCGACUCAAGGUAAAGAAGAAAAACAUGGUGCCAGCGUCGAUGCGUUGAGAUGGCUGAUAAGUCAAGGGGUCGUCCUUGGUCAUCAUCGUCAGCACCGAAGGGUGCGCGAGAUGAGCAACAAUGGUUGCGUGUCGAGAUGGAGGUUGUUAAAGGCCCAAACCGAUGGCUCUCGAUGGUGGUGA